AUGGAUUCCGCCAAGGUCCCCGUCAAGCUCGUCAAGGUCACCCGCGUUCUCGGCCGCACCGGCUCCCGUGGUGGUGUUACCCAGUGCCGCGUCGAAUUCAUGGACGACACAACCCGAAGCAUCAUCCGCAACGUCAAGGGCCCAGUCCGUGAGAACGACAUUCUCUGCUUGCUCGAGUCCGAGCGUGAGGCCAGGAGGCUGCGAUAAGCCAUGUAUGAGUUACGGUGACGACGAUGGGUGGAAUAUGAACGAAGAUACCGAAGCGGGAAAAAGGUCCAGGCGCGGCCCGGUCAUUUGCAUUCUAUGGGAAUCUCUUUCACGGCACGGCAGAGGCGCGGUAGUCAGCAUCUUUGGCUUCUCAUGAAAUAACAUUCGGUCUCAGGCCUCACCACACCAGCUCAUGCAUCGUGUUUCCAUCCGAACCCGGCGUUUCCCCCGAUCCUGUACAGACACAGGUUAUAACGCAGGGAAUAUGCUCUUCAUCAGGGUUGCUGUGUCACUUGUCACUUUAUCCACUUUCCACUCCGAGUCUUAUCCGUGCCUCCGCAUCGCCCGCUUUACUAAUCUAGAGUACAUUUCCUAUUGCUACCGAUAAUGUACGUGGAAAUGUAUAGCAUUCGAUUGUACUCCAAGGCUUCUAUCCGAUAUGUCCAAUUCGGCAGUACGCUAACCCUAUACAUGUGAUUCUCACUAACACAGCCUGCUGCACAUCGAUUAUAUAUAGCGAGCUCCAACGACAACUUCGAUUGACCAUCCACGUACACGCUACAUCAUUGGAAGAAUCCAAGCAAUCUUCGGUUGAGAUGUCAGGAGUUCUUGAACCAUCCAAACACCCUAUGUAUCGGCGAACAAGUUGCGCAAACGAGUGCUGAUAUCGACUCCCGUU